GCUUGACGAAACAAAUUCAUUUUUCAGUGUGUCAGUCGAAGAGAAGAAGAGCUGUGAACAUGUCUGGAGGAAGUGUUGCUAAGGACAGCAGACCAGCCACAGACAGGGCGGCAUGCACGGAGAACCUAACAGAGACCGAUGCCUUCAUCACAAGCUCAUUAGCUUUGGAUCCCACAGAGGAGUACAAGAUGGCCAACAAGCGGCGAGGCCUCGCACUCAUCUUUAACCAGGAGCGCUUCUUCUGGCGCCUGGGCUUGAAUGACAGACAUGGAACCAACACUGAUUGCGCCAACUUAGAGAAAAGAUUGCUGGAGUUAAACUUUGAUGUGAGGAGUUACGAGAACUACAAACAGGUGGAGGUCCUGGAUAAAAUCUGUGCAGCUGCUGAGGAAGACCACUCAGACGCCGACUGCUUUGUGCUCGCCUUCCUCAGCCACGGCGAGGAUGAUCAUGUGUACGCCUAUGACGGCAAGAUCAGCAUCAAGGACAUCACAUCCCUGUUCAAAGGAGACAAGUGCAAGAGCCUGGCAGGAAAGCCAAAGAUUUUUAUCAUACAGGCAUGCCGCGGAGACAAGCAUGAUGUCCCGGUGACCGUCUGUGACGCUGUGGACAGCGACUUAAAGACAAACGAGGUGGUGGUGGAUGCUAGCGCCGUAAACACCCUCCCUGCCGGAGCAGAUUUUAUCAUGUGCUAUUCUGUGGCUGAAGGUUACUAUUCCCACCGGGAGACCAUAAACGGCUCCUGGUAUGUCCAGGAUCUGUGUGAGAUACUGCGGGAGUUUGGGGAUUCCCUUGAAUUCACAGAAUUACUCACGCUGGUCAACAGAAAAGUGUCAAUGAGGAGCGUUUUGCGCGCCUCUGACCGGAAUGCCAUUGGGAAGAAGCAAGUGCCCUGCUUUGCUUCGAUGCUCACCAAGAAACUCUACUUCCGACCAAAAAAAUAACAACGCAAGACCUCAGUUAUCAAAUGAGCUGGUUUAACAUAAAAGCCUAAGAAAUAUGGGCUUCUGAUCAGAGAUUUAAAACAAGAAAAACUGUGCAGAUUUUCCUCUAAUCCUUAUCCGAUUUCUGCCCAUGGACAUUAAUAUAGUUUA